AUGCCUUCAAUAACAAACUCCGAAAUGGAACGAGUCGAUUUGAAUUACAAAAACCUAUCCGAAAAAUUCGCCGACCAUCCCAGCGACUACAACAGGCAAUACUGCAGCAUAUACACGGCCCGUUUGAAGGAAAUGGACCCUCUACUCAGGAACAGGAUAAAACACAAAUGGGGCGACCAGUACCCCGUAAUAAAACUCCACAAACUCUCCGAAGAAGACGUCGAAACCUGCAUCGUAAUCGGCACGUUAUUCAAAGACCAAAAAUUGAAACCUUCCAUUCUACGAGAGAUCUCCGAAGCCAACCAAUUGGUCUCCGAAGCGAAUCCCAUACUAAACAACUUCACCGACGACUCCGACAAGCUGUUCAUCGAAGACGAAGCUCAACGCUACGAAAUCGAAGGCAACAUUUCCCUCAAACAAGUCGUAACGGGUAUCACGAUAGCUCUGUUAGGAUCAGACGCAGGCAAGGGCAAGUUCGUGGCCUGCGAAUACUUGUUCGUCGGUUACCCGGAACAAAUCGAAAGGCCUCUAUUCAACGACGACACCUUCGCGGUGUUCGUGAGCGGUCUGGAUUUCGUACAUUACGAAAAACACAUCGUUAAUUUACAGCUACUGAUGUACUGGUUGACGGGCAUGUGCGAGAACGUGCAGAAAGUGGCUAGAGUCAUAAUAGCAGGGAACAGCUUAAAGAUCGAGGCCACUAAAAGGAAACCCACCAUAUCAUUGAUCAGCCGAGUGCCCGAAUCCGCCGAAAGCAUCGAAUCUAUCAAACUAUUCGACGGUUUCUUAUCGCAAUUAAGCUCGAUAGUAGAGGUGGACGUGAUGCCCGGUGAACACGAUCCAUCCAAUCAGAUUCUACCGCAGAGGCCGAUGCAUCCUUGCAUGUUUCCCCGAUCGGCCUCGUACAAAUCGUUGAAUUUAGUCUCGAAUCCCUAUUCGUGUUCGUUGGACGGUUUCCGGGUGUGCGGAACGUCCGGAAGUCCCGUGCAGAAUAUCAUGUGGUACUCGGACAACAAGACUCCCUUGGGAGCUUUGAGGAAAUGCCUGGAAUGGGGCCAUUUGGCUCCCACCGCUCCCGAUACUUUGGGCUGUUAUCCUUAUUACGAUCGAGAUCCUUUCGUUAUGCAGGAUUGUCCGCACGCGUUUUUCGCCGGAAAUCAAUCGGAGUUCGAUACCGAGAUAGUUACCGGUGAACGAGGACAAACAGUGAGAUUGAUUAGCGUACCGAAAUUCUGCACGACCCACGAAGUGGUACUGUUGAAUUUGAAGACGUUAGAUUGCGCUAAAAUGGCCUUCGAAGAAAUCUAA